CUUCACUGCCACGCACUAGCGGAACCUUUAUUCGGCUUGCUGUGUUUCCUGGGGACAGGUUUUUGUGCCGGACUUGUUUAGACGCGACUCAUAUUGCGCCAUACAUCCACGCGCCAUGCCGACUGACACCAAACGUGUUCGCGGCCCAGAAGUGUCACAAAGUCCGUCUCUGUUUUCGUGCAAACCGGCGGCCGUUCUUCCCUCGCACGGCCCGAGAGCGGACGGCCGGCAGCGGGACCAGGUGGAUGUCCGGCCCGUGUUUGUCCGCUGCGGGCUGGUGAGCCAGGCUAAAGGCUCCGCGUACAUCGAGGCUGGAAACACCAAGUUGAUGUGCUGCGUUUAUGGCCCCAAAGAAAUGGAGCGUAAAGAUGAGACCGAUAUGAAAUGCGGAAGGUUGACUACCGACAUGCGUUUCGCUCCAUUCUCCUGCCUGGAGAGGGGCUCCUGGAUUCAGGGGAGCCAGGACAAGGACCUCUCCCUGAUGCUUCACGAGAGUCUGCAGCCAGCUGUGUGCCUCCACAAAUAUCCCCGCUCUCAGAUUGAGGUCAACGUGAUGGUUCUUGAGAACAGCGGUUCAGUUCUGGCUCAUGCAGUCACGUGCGCUUCGCUCGCUCUCGCAGACGCAGGGAUCGAAAUGUACGAUCUGGUGCUUGGUUGUUCCAUGCGCCAGGAUGGCUCAUCUUACGUGGUCGACCCUUCUUACACGGAGGAAAACAGCUGCACCUCAGUCAGCAGCGACAACCAGGGAGGUCUGACCGUUGCGUUCCUCCCCAGCCUGAACCAGAUUUCUGGGCUGCAGUCAGAUGGAGAAAUGGCUGAAGAGACACUGACAGCCGGGGUGCGGACCUGCAUUGAGGGAUGCUAUAAACUGUACCCGGUCAUCCAACAGGCCCUGUCCAAGGCUGUGCGCAGGGCUGCUCCCCCACCAUCAGAGAGCUGAGAGACUCUGUAGCCAAUAACUACUCAGUUCAGAGCUUUUCUACUUUACAAUUUCCAGUCUUUACUUUGACAACAUAACCUAUGUUUCUAUGUUUGCUAUAGUGUUCUUUAAAUGGAAAUGUUUAAGAUAGAUUUAACAGUGUUUUCUAUUAAAUAAUUUAAUAUUACACUCAUGGUCAAUUUUUUUUU